AUGGAACCUGGAAGGAGGUUUACUCACAAGUACAGUUUCCUAGAGCCUAAGUUGGAAGAGUUGAGAAAGUUAUCCACUUUGGUUAUGGAUGGUGAUGGUGUCGCGAAGCGUCAUGGAAGAGUUUUGUAUAUCUUAUCCACCAAAGUUGUAGAGGGACUUCUUAACACUUUGGUCCAGUUUUAUGAUAUGGUCUACCGAUGUUUCACAUUUUCUUAUUACCAGUUGUUACCUACAUUAGAGGAGUAUGCUAAUUUGGUUGGAAUUCCUGUUUCCAAUAAAAUCUCAUUCACCAGUUUGGAGGAAAUUCCUAAGUCUAAGGAGAUUGCUAGCAUUCUUCACUUGAAGAAAACCGAGGCUACUUACUUUGCUACUGCUGGUAGUAUGGCUGCUUUUGAGGAUAUUCUAGCUCUUUUGGUCUAUGGUUUGGUUUUGUUCCCUAACAUUAACAAUUUUGUUGAUGUUAAUGCUAUCUGGAUUUUCAUGAUCAAAAAACCUAUUCUUACUCUUCUAGGUAAUACUUAUCAUUCCAUUCACUUGAGGACCGAUAACCGCAAGGGGAUUAUUGUAUGUUGUGCAUCUUUUUUGUAUAGGUGGUUUAUUUCGCACCUUCUUGACACUCGUGCUUUCUGGGACAACAAAGAGUGUUUGAGGUGGUCUCAAAGGAUUAUUUAUCUCACUAGUUAUGAUAUUGAAUGGUAUUCUCAUGAUUACUUCUAUACUAAGAUUAUUGAUAGUUGUGGUAGGUUCUCCAAUGUACCCCUUCUUGGUACACAAGGAGGAAUCAACUACAACCCUAUUUUAGCUAGACGUCAGAUGGGGUAUCCUUUGAAUGACAAACCUGGUAAUCUCUUGGUAGAAGGAUUCUUUUCCAUGAUUUAG